AUGUACGAAGCUUACAGUGACAAGCGAAAACAAAAUACAUCAGAACAACCGCCACCCAUCAAGAAAAUAAAAAAUUUGGAUCUGAUAGAAGAACUACUCGUGCGCUUUCGUCAAUGUCUUUAUUCGUGGGAUGAUUUGAAUAAAACUGCCGAAGAAUUAAGACAAUUUACUGAAAAUAUUCACGACUCGUCGAAUUUUGACGUUCUUCUACGAGAAGAUAUACAAAACAUUGAGCACAAAACACUUUUAGGCGUUUUAGAAUUAACACGAAUUAACCGAGUUGGAAAUAGUAUUCCGGGAUAA